AUGGACUUGCGUGUGAUUGCGGUCAACAAGCUGCAGAUACAAGGCACGCAGCGCGCUUUCCUGGACAGCUAUGAGCUUCUGAAUCGCUCCCUGGCGGUUUAUCCGGACAGCGCUGAACUUUGGGCACUCCAGGCUAAGCUGGAGACAUUCUAUUUGCUGCAGUGGAACCUUGCCGCGCAUUCUGUGGAACAAUCCCUCACCCGAAAAGACACGGCCAACGCUCGCAUCUUCCGUGGUUGGCUGGCAGCCACACCAGGUCAGCUUAAUCAGCCAACCAAGAAGAUUGCUCGGGCCAGAAGGGUGAGCCCGAGCACUUCAACUUCUGCACUGACCCGCUCAGAGGAAGACCUCCAGACGGCCCAGGGCUUAGCUCCCACAGAUUUCUGGCCACACUUCGAAAUGGCUGCUUGGCUCAACCACAUCGCGGCCCGAUACGCUGACUCCAGGAAGCAAUAUGAAAUCGUUGAGGCGAAGGCAGCCGACAACGCGUUUCUGCAGUUCUUCUUCGGACUCCUUCUGAAGCAUCACAGCGAAGAGAGGGCGCGCGGACAGGCAUUGAUGACAAAGGCUAUGGCGCAGGCAAGUUCUUUACCCGGCCAGGCAGCCGGGAAUUUGGCGUUUCAGGCCCAGCUUCUGGCGACGAGGGGCAGAGACGUGGAAGCUGCAGAGUGCUGCGAGUUCUCGAAGCAGAUUUUGGACCUGUCGGUCACGAGCGCUUCAGUGAUAUGCAGCCUUAUCCAGCAGCGCGUGCUGGUAGUUUGA